AUGCUCUAUCGAACAUUCAAGAUGAUAUUCGGUGGUGUACUAGCACUGGGCACUAUAUCUGUUACUGCAGUUUAUCUGGUGCAGAACAAGCUAGUGUAUCCGUCAUGGGCCCAAGGUGCUCGUGAGUACGUGGACACGCCUGCUUCGAAGAAUAUCCCUUAUAAGGAGGUUACGCUGACCACCAAGGAUGGUAUUGAGCUGCAAGCAUGGGAUAUCAGGAACGAAGAGACAAAAUCUAAAUCUACAGUGCUCAUACUAUGCCCUAAUGCAGGCAAUAUUGGGUAUUUUAUACCUAUCAUAGACAUAUUCUACUCUCAGUUUGGCCUCAAUGUGUUUAUAUACUCAUACAGGGGCUAUGGUUACUCAAAAGGUACACCUAGUGAAGAAGGUUUAAAGAUAGAUGCAGAUCGUGUGAUGUCCUACUUGGCUACUGAUGAUUUCCAUAAAACAAAGAAACUUAUACUGUAUGGAAGAUCACUAGGUGGUGCCAAUGCUAUCUACAUUGCAUCAAAAUUCUCGCAAUUGUGUGAUGCAGUUAUCCUGGAGAAUACUUUCCUCAGUAUUAGGAAAGUUAUACCUUAUAUCUUUCCAUGGAUAUCAAGGUUUGCAUUUAUGUGCCAUGAAGUAUGGAACUCUGAAGAAGACAUGCCUCAUUGCAAUUCUGAGAUUCCUUACUUAUUUCUAAGCGGGUUAGAGGAUGAAAUAGUACCCCCUGAGCAUAUGAAGGACUUAUACGACAUAUGUCCGAGCGGCAGUAAGCAGAUUUAUGAGUUCCCCUUUGGAACACACAACACUACUAUUAUUCAGGAUGGAUACUGGGAAAUUGUACGGAAAUUUCUAGAAGAUAACAAGUUUAUUGAGCCAGCUCAAUGA